UUUGGGCUUUUAUGGGCCUUCAUUGUUUGGGCUUUAACUUAGUUAUCUCUCCCACUUACGCUUCUAAAAAAGCUCUGAUAAUUACGCUGAGAUGGCGUUUGUUAAUUGGCUAAUACAUAAAAAAAUGCGUGGCGAGAAAAAAUAUCCCCUCCUAUAAAAAUUGUUAUUAAGAGUCUGGUCAACUCCGAAAGUCUUCAAAUCUCUCCGUCACGAAUCGUUCUCUCGUCGUCAUCAGAAUUUGUAAGCCGAAUCAGAUAGUAAGAAAAGAAGAAAGAAUGGUGGGUAGUGGAGCUCCACAGAGAGGAAGUGCAGCAGCAACUGCAAGCAUGCGUAGGAGGAAGCCGGCCAGUGGUGCUGGUGGAGGAGGAGCCUCUGGUGGUGCAGCUGGAUCCAUGCUUCAGUUCUACACCGAUGACGCACCUGGUCUCAAGAUCUCCCCUAAUGUUGUCCUUAUCAUGAGCAUUGGUUUCAUUGCUUUCGUCGCGGUGCUUCAUGUCAUGGGCAAGCUCUACUUUGUCAAGUGAUGAGAAAGAUAAUAGUUGAAGACAUCGCCACCCUAAGUGACUGCUAGUGAUCAAAAUAUUAGACAGUGGGUUCAGUUAAUGUUUUAAUUUUGUGGUUUAUUACCUGAGUAUAAACGAUCUUCACAAUUCCAGUUUCUUGACAUUCAAAAAUUUAAUAUCCUUCGCACAAAUUAUAGGCAUGAGCGUUUUAUA